ACCUUCGCCCAAACUCGCUUCAUUUCGCAGCGAUCGGUUACACAAUUCGCAUUCGCGGUUACAGUUUCAACCGGAUCAUCACCAGCCACCAUGGGUCGUAAGUUCUGCGUUGGAGGAAACUGGAAGAUGAAUGGCGACAAGGCCAGCAUCACCGAACUGUGCAAAUUGUUGUCGGCCGGCCCGCUGGACCCGAAUACCGAAGUAGUGGUCGGUUGCCCUGCACCGUACUUGUCGCUGGCGCGCUCAUCGCUACCGCAAUCGAUUGGUGUGGCGGCCCAGAACUGCUACAAGGUUUCGAAGGGCGCGUUCACCGGUGAAAUCUCUCCCGCCAUGCUGAAGGAUCUCGGCCUGGGCUGGGUUAUCCUGGGUCACUCGGAGCGCCGUGCCAUUUUCGGUGAAACGGACGAGCUGAUAGCGGAGAAAGUGGCCCAUGCCCUUGCGGAAGGACUGAAGGUCAUCGCUUGCAUCGGCGAGACGCUGCAGGAGCGCGAAGCCGGUCAAACCGAAGCAGUGUGCUUCCGCCAGACGAAAGCCAUCGCCGCCCAGGUGAAAGACUGGAGCAACGUGGUUAUUGCGUACGAACCGGUGUGGGCCAUCGGAACCGGCAAGACCGCCACCCCAGAGCAGGCACAGGAAGUGCAUGCCGCUUUGCGGAAGUGGUUCACGGAGAACGUUUCUGCGGACGUCUCGAACGGCAUCCGCAUUCAGUACGGUGGCUCGGUUACGGCCGCAAACUGUCGCGAGCUGGCCGCCAAGCCGGACAUUGAUGGUUUCCUAGUUGGCGGCGCUUCCUUGAAGCCCGAGUUUAUUCAGAUUGUCAACGCCAGACAGUGAGUCGGAGCUUCGGAUCUGCCCAGUCCCGUUGAGUAGUGACAGGGACACGCACAGUAGAAGCGCACGUCCCCAAUUAAUGUGUUACGUUUCGUCUUACUUUAAGCACCGCUCGAUGCGCUGAUUGUUACAUUUAAGCAUUAAACCCGAGUCAUUCAUUCAAAUAAAUGUAAAAUCGCCGGCAUGUUGUCUUAGUGAAAACGAGUGUUAUUUUUCUACGCCGUCAUUUCCACGUUGUCGUAGAUAUCUUCCACACCGUCCAUUGCUUUCAGUUUAUCUUUCAGCUUUUCGUAUGCCUCCAUUGCCUCAGCAUUAAGCAUGAUGGUUGACUUUGGAAAAAAGGCUUGUUCGCAGUGCUCCACGCUGUAGUUCAACUUGUCCAACUCUUUCUUUACCCUAUCAACAUCACGAAAACUGCAAAGGAACUGCAAAAACAGGAACAUGCUUGAAAUCGCUCUUUUCCACCCUACAUGUUGGGCAAUUUUGAACGUACCCUGACCCGUCGAUCGUGCAUCACCUCGAUAUCUUCAGCACCCAUUUCGAUUGCAUGAUCCGUACACACCGAAGUAAGAUCUUCGAUUUGCACCUCUGCCGGAGGAAUGGCUUCCACGAACCCUAUUUCAUCAAAGGCAUGCUUUGUGUCGAAGAAAAGAGCACUGGGUACGAAAGACGAGAUUAAAUCGCUUAUAAACAGCACAACGGACUCCAUUACUUACAAAUUCUUCCUCAGAACAGUUGCCAUUUCCAUUUUCAGUUGUGUGAAACGAUCCGUAUACAGUACGCAAACAAUAUUGAUUUGAUCGAGGGCUUUGAUCUCCAGUAUGUACUUUUUCAGUUCCGCGGACUGAGCGGUGCUCUUCUUCAGAAUGCCCUGUAUGGUGGCGUUUGGCAUAUUUUUCUUCAACGCUUCGUCGAUCGUCGCCCGGAGUACAUUAUUCACUGCUGGGUUAGGUCCACCGGCUGGAAUGGGAAAGCAGCGUUUAACAAAGCGAGGAUUAACGUGCACAUUAUGUUCAAACCAUAUUUUGCCUACCCUGCACCGCAAGACGGAUCUGGCGGGAGAGUUUGAUGAACAGGACCGCCUUGCGCCCAUCGUUCAACGCUUUCACGUGUCGUAUGUUUUGCCAUUUCGAGUGACCGGCAUAUCCGAUUUCGCUCCGAUGUAUGUGCCUCGUAAGUGUUGCCGUUGUAGCAGGUAACCGUACAAUGCUAAUCAGCAGUCCCACAGUUCUUAACAUGUUCCAAGCGGCCGAGGAAGCUCCAAACGCGAAAGGAUGAUUACAUAAAACUUUGUUUCGAGACCGGCACUUUGAAAUGUUUACAUUUUUUAACUCACAGCAUGGUGUUGACUGACAGCACAGACAUUUUUGAAGACUCUGCUGUCAGUGUGCUGUGACAAGCCCGUUGGUGUAGCAGUUCGAAAUUCGAAAUUCGAAAUUACAAAUAUUGAAAAAAAACGACGGUUGAACUCGACCCAAUGGUUUCAAGUAAAGCUAAAGACGACUUCGUCUCGUUGUUGUUGUUUUGUAACGUUGCUUAUACCUUCUUUACGCACCUAGCUUGGAAUCACAUUCAGAUUCAAAUAAAAAACAUUCUAGUCGUAUCGCA